GUUUCGGACUGCGGCCGUCUUGACGCAUGUUGCGUCACUGCUGCUUUAAAGCAAGCAGAGAGUCGAGCUGUUCCGAACAGAGCCAGGCCACAAAUCCCGAACCAAAAUGGCCCGCUUCAGAGCCUAAAAAAAAACAAAAACCCGGACUAAAACCAGGGCUAAAGACCCGGACUAAAACCUGGAUCAAAAGCCGUAAAUUCAACCCGGAAACUCCCGGGAAGAAAACGGGAUUAAACCCCGAGUCUCGGGACAUUUAACCCGGAGUGAAGACGCCUCAGUGACAGGACGACCAAUCAGCAGCCAGCAGGUCAAAGGUCUGCUCCUUCAGACAUGGCGGACGCCGAGGUCUCCCUGUCCCCGGCCCUGCGGGCACUCCACCUAAGCCCCGCCCACUCGCCCCCGCCCCCGCCCCCGCCCGCGGGCACCAUGGCGGCCUCCUCCUCCUCCCCGACCACCUUCUCCUGCCCGUCCUCCCCCUCCAGCGCCUCCUCUUCCUCCUCCUCUUCCUCCUCUUCCUCUUGUUCAGAGAGUUCCUCCGACUGCCCCGCCCAUCACCACCACCACCACCAUCACCACCACCAUCACCCGCGCCCGCUGCCCCCCCCGCCGCCCCCCCCGCCUGGGGAGCAGCCGUCCUCGCCAAGCGCCAGCCCCCGCAGCUCGAGCCCCAGCGGCAGCAUCGGCAGCACGGGCAGCCUCGGCAGCAGCAGCAGCAGCAGCGCCAGCGAGGGCAUCGGCAGCAGCGGCACGUCUAGCGCCGGUGGUGGCGGUGGGGGGGGCGGGGGGGCGUGCGACCCGCGCGGCCCCAGCCCCCCGCUGGACGUCAUCUCCGAGGACGCCAUGGAGAUGGACCUCGCUGUCGAUCAAGUGAUCGACCCUGAAGUGGCUCUGAAGGCGUGCCAGGAAGUUCUCCUCCAGGUGCAGCUGCAGAACAGGGAGGUGCCUGAGCAGCAGCAACAACAACAACAACUAAACAACAACAACACGGACGUAACGGAGAGCGCCGGUCCUCAGUGGGACGCCGGCUCCAUCAGAGAAGAGGAAGAGGAGGACGGCGAGGAGGAGGAGGAAGAGAAACGCGGCUCCGUGAGAGAGAUAUCCGAGUCUACUUCCUCUUCUGCUGCCGCGUCCAAACAGUCGUGGCUGCUGCGCCUGUUCGAGUCCAAGCUGUUUGACGUUUCCAUGGCGAUCGCCUAUCUGUACAAGUCAAAGGAGCCCGGCGUGCAGGCGUACAUCGGGAACCGGCUCUUCAGCUUCCCGGACAGCGAGGUGGACUUCUACCUGCCGCAGCUGCUCAACAUGUACGUGCACAUGGACACGGAGGUCGGGGACGCCAUCAGCCCGUACCUGAUCUACCGUUGCCGCGGCGGCAUCGCCUUCUCCCUGCUGACGGCGUGGCUAUUGGGCGCCUACUCCUCCGACAUGCACAUCUCCACGCAGCGCCACUCCAGAGGGGCCAAGCUCCGCAAACUCAUCCUGUCCGACGAGCUCAAACCUUCGUCUCCGCCGCCGGACGCUCACAGCAGAGCGUGCAUGGCGUCCGUCUCCGGCAGCCCGGCGACCUCGCCGUCCCACGCCCGCCGCUGCCACCGGAGACACAACAGCAGCAGCGUAGAGUCCUCGCUGUCUCUCUGCGCGGCUGGCACCGCCCCGGCAAAGGCCGAAGCCGACAUCGACGUGUUUGUCUCGCCGUCCCGCCGGACGCACCAGAGGUCCAAGUCAGACGCCACCACAGCGAGCAGCGGGCCCGGCGCUGGCCUCCGGCGGACAGGAAGUAACCCCAAAGUGGAAGCUGUCCAUGAGGAGCCGGACCGCCUGCGUCCUCAGCGUGAGCUGGUGAAGUCCCUGCUGGGCAUCGGGAAGCGUUUGGCGACUCUGCCGACCAAGGAGCAGAAGACGCAGCGGCUGAUCUCGGAGCUGUCGCUGCUCAACCACAAGCUGCCGGCACGCGUCUGGCUGCCCACCGCCGAACACCAGCACCACGUCUGCCGCGUCCCGCACACGCAGGCUGUCGUGCUCAACUCCAAGGACAAGGCUCCGUACAUCAUCUACGUGGAGGUUUUGGAGUGCGAGAGCUUCGAGACGUCUCCGGUUCCCGUCCGGAUCCCGGAGACGAGGAUCCGCUCGGCUCGCUCCGCCGAGAACCUGGACUGUGGCGUCAGCGCGGCUAACGCUAUCGCUAACGGCGGCAGCGGGAUGACGUCGGAGCACCGAGCAGGAAGCUUCUCCACCGUCCCCAACUACGACAACGACGACGAGGCCUGGGCCACCGACGACAUCGGACAGCUGCAGGUGGAGGUGGAGACUCAGACCAGCAGUUCUGAUAACAUCAGUCAGUUUUCAGUCGACAGCAUCACGAGUCUGGAGAGCAAAGAGCCGGUUUUCAUCGCCGCUGGAGACAUCAGGCGGCGUCUGUCGGAGAACCUCGCCCACACGCCGACCUCGUUCCGGCGAGACCCAGAGGACCCGUCAGCCGUCGCUCUCAAGGAACCCUGGGAGGAGAAAGUCAGGAGGAUCAGAGAAGGCUCUCCGUACGGUCACCUGCCCAACUGGCGGCUGCUGUCGGUCAUCGUGAAGUGUGGCGACGACCUCCGUCAGGAGCUGCUGGCCUAUCAGGUGCUCCGACAGCUGCAGUCCAUCUGGCAGCAGGAGAGAGUUCCUCUGUGGAUCAAACCGUAUAAGAUCCUGGUGAUGUCGUCCGACAGCGGGAUGAUCGAACCCGUCCUCAACGCCGUCUCUCUGCACCAGGUGCGUAAGCAGAGCCAGCUGUCUCUGCUCGACUACUUCCUGCAGGAACACGGAAGCUUCACCACCGAAGAGUUCCUCACCGCGCAGAGGAACUUCGUCCAGAGCUGCGCCGGAUACAGCCUCAUCUGCUACCUGCUGCAGGUCAAAGACAGACAUAACGGGAACAUCCUGCUGGACUCUGAGGGCCACAUCAUCCACAUCGACUUCGGCUUCAUCCUCUCCAGCUCUCCUCGGAACCUCGGCUUCGAGACGUCCGCCUUCAAACUCACCUCGGAGUUCGUCGAUGUGAUGGGCGGUCUGAACGGCGACAUGUUCAUCUACUACAAGAUGUUGAUGCUCCAGGGUCUCAUCGCUGCCAGGAAACACAUGGAGAAGGUUCUGCAGAUAGUGGAGAUCAUGCAGCAAGGUUCCCACCUGCCCUGUUUCCACGGUUCCAGCACCAUCCGCGGCCUGAAGGAGCGCUUUCACAUGUCUCUGACGGAGGAACAGCUACAGCUGCUGGUGGAGCAGCUGGUGGACGGAUCCAUGCGCUCCAUCACCACCAAACUCUACGACUCCUUCCAGUACGUCACCAACGGCAUCAUGUGACCGCUGACCACGACGACAACAACUCCGUCAGACACUGAUUAGGGGUGUAAAAUACAACUUUUCUCACGAUAAAUCGAUUCUUUGGACAAUGAUACAAUAUUUUCUGAUUUCUUAACCCUUGUGUUGUCCUCGGGUCAAAUUUGACCCGUUUUCAAAGCUUUUUAUAACAGAAAUAUGAGUUUCUUAACAACCAAAUUGCCCCAAAAUAACUUGAAUGCACGCAUGUACGUUGUAUGGAACCCAGACAACAUAUACAUCCAUGCAUCCAUGUUCUUCGCUGGUAAGAUUAAUGAUUACAUCCACUGAAUUUUGGUUGUUUUAUUUAAUUUCAUAGCAUUUGAAAAA